UUGAAGCGCAUUAUUCAUACACGCGCCACACAAACAGACGGACCUCGAUCGUUUUCUGCGUAAAAUUACUACGUACAACAGUGCAUAACAUAAUGCAUAUAAAACAAAAAUAUAUUUAGUAACCUAUGUUUAUGUUUUUUUAAUCGUGAAUUAUAUAAUAUAUCGUCAUAUUGCACGCGUUCGUCGUCCCGGACCGUCGUCAACACAACACAAUAUACAAGUCAACCAGAUAAUGUCGGGCACAGUUCGAGAGUCUCCAUCGGACUUUAGAAAUGGUGAUUUGAUAAGUCGUUUAUUAGCGGCCACACCACCAUAUCAGACCAAUUCUACGUUUGUGCCACCGGGAUUAUAUUUUAGCGAAAUGCUGAAAAGAUUCGUACAGGCAAAAUCUUGUGCACCCUUAUCCUUAAAUAAAAGAGGACGAAAACGGACGUGGAAGGAUAGCGGAAAGGCCGAACAACCGUCUGAAGCUAAGCAAAAGAAAAUGGAUUUCGUACCAAUACCGCCACCCGCACAAACGGAACCACAAUUCCCAUUAUGGUAUCCACCAUUUUAUCCACCUACUUACCCACCGGUGUAUUUUAAGACUCCAGAAGCGGAACCACUAAACUUACAAAUACGUUCGGAUCCCUUAAAGCAGGAUAGACAUUAUUCGGCGUUCCGUGUACCCGAACCGUCAAAAGUGGAAGAACACGAAAACAUCAACAAUAAACAAGGAACGAGUUAUUUGAUGGGAAACUUGACCAAAAUAUACAGACAAGUGGCGCCGGAGGAAGAAAAAAUUAUUGAUGUAGAGGGUGAUGGUCCUGAAACAGCGCAACCCGAAGGUGGCGAAAAAAAAAACUGUAAGGAUUUAACGGCUCUAAUUGGAUUAGAAUUAGUUGUAGAUUACGUCAAACACGGAAAUAAUAAAGAUGGGCAAAAUGAUCAAAAUAUGAAGUGUUGCCAAAAUGCAUAGUUCAAAUAAUCAAAUGUUAUAUUAACAGUAUUUAUCACCACUAUUUAAUCAAACGAAAACUGUUAUGUAACCUUCAGUCUUCACUCUUCAGUCAUGUGGUUUUAGCUCUAUUGUGUACCUACGUGGUACAUUAACGAUGUUAAAAAUGUAAUUUAGUUACUUUUUAUUAGUAUCAAAACUAUAUUAUAGAAUAAUAAUUAAUAGAUUAAUUAGAUAUAAAUACAUGAUGAUAGGUAUUUGAGUACAUAUAUUAUAUGUUAACUGAGAAAAACAAAUUUUGAUAUUUUGGUCCUCAUUAGUCAUUAUUUGUAAUAAAUUAAUAACAACAUUAUAUUAUACCUAUAAUUAAUAAUGAACAUCAUAAUAUGCAUUGUGUGUAUAGGCAUUAAUUAUUAAUGUUGAAUACAUUUGAGAAGAUAAAAGAUUAUCCAUAAUAUAUAUAAAUAUUCUAUGAAAUAUUACUAGGACAAACUAAUGUAAUUGCAUAAUUUUAUAAUUCAUUUUUUUUAUUUCAAAUAUUUCAAUACAUCCAUCUUCAGGAUUUUAGUAAUAAUUUGUACCUAGCAUGAAUUUUACUACUAUAUAAUAUAUAAAAUAAUAUUAUAGUUCAUCGUUCAUGCCGUUCAUGGAACACAGCUGCUAUUAUAAUGUAGGCAAAUAAAGUGAAAAUGACAUAAUAUAAUAAACAUUAUACAGUGUUUACCUGCAUACAAUAUUUUCGUUACCUACAUAGCUAAUAAUCACAGACUAUAUUAAUAAUCUUAAAAUAAUUAAAAUUUUGUAUAGGUAUACUUACAAUUAUCGAGUUCAGCUCAUAACUUAUUACCUUACACCGGACAUAUUAAUGAAUACCUAAUUAAAUAUUAAAUAAUAUAAGAAUCGCUGUCCGUUACAUAGUAUGAUUUUAUUGUAAGACGUUGUGAUACACAAUCAAUAAUUUAUUAAUAUAUUAUUAUAUAAUAAAUUAGUAAAUAUUGUAAAAGUUCGCAAUAAAUAUUUAAUUAUUGUUCGAACGCAUUAAAAUAGAUUUAGUAAACAAAUAUUUGAGGUGAUUAACUUCGGGUUGAAAAUAAAUGAUGUGGCAUUAUAUUAUAAUUUAUAAUAGGCCAUGAUAAAUAUUAAUUGUGAGCGUGAUUUUUUUUUUCUAACUGUCAUUUUAUGUAAUACAUACUUUUAACAACCACGAAAGCUGUUAAAUAAUUUUAUUUAAAUCUCAUAUUGUAAUUAUCUAGUCAUUUCGUUACCUAUUAUAUACAUUGUAUUAUUAUUAUUAUUUGGAAAUUUUUCAAAAACCUGCUUCAGUCGGUGUUAAACUAUUUUUACUACUAAAUUAAUUUAUGUAUAAUGAUUAUUGAAUAUUUAUUGUUGAAUUGUGUUUUAUUUAUUUAUAUUCUUAAAUUAUAAAUAAUAUUUAGUCAUUUUGAAAUCAAUUCAGUUUUUAAGUUUUUUUUUUUUGUUCCCAUUGUAUCCUAUUUGUGCAUCCUAGGUAUAUCCAAUUUACAUGUAACAUGAUAUUGUUAUACUUUAUCUUUGUUUUUCUCAGUUCUAUGUCACUACUAUCGCGAUCGGUGCUAACAAUAUAAUAUAGUAAAUCAGCUGCUGAUUCAUUAUACAAGUAUAAGGUGAUGCCUCUGGACACAGUUGAUAAUAAUUAAUUAGACACAUUCUAAUUGUGGGUAUCGAAAAUUCUUUAAACAAUAU